UCUUUACGGGGGUUUAUCUGGGAUGACACCCGGAGAGGAGUGAUGCGGCGGGCCGGACGCUGUCAGCUGUGAUCUACAGCGGCCCUGCUUCCUGGAGCCACCUGGCGGGCCUUGAAGAGUCGCGUCCGGUAGAUGCUCUUCUCUGUGGCGCUCUUCCUGUGGAGGCUCUACCGACAUCUCUCCGUCAUGUUCAGCUCCGACAGGCUCACCGUUCCGGAGUAUGUCAGCCGGCUGCAGCGGGGCCGGAGCGGCUCCGGGAGCGACCCCAGGGCCGUCUCCCCGGGCAUCAACGCGGACGUGCAGACGGUUUUGGACGCGUCGCUCCCCGCCCUGCGCUCCGCCAUCCGGAGGCUCCGGUCCUCCACGGAAACCUCGGAGGCGGAGGAGACGCGCAGGGCCAUCGCCGAGAUCUACCAGCUGGUGGAGGAGGCCUGGGUCUUACCCACCGUGGGGCGGCAGGUGGCCGAGGAGAUCUGCACCCGGAUCCGGCUGGACGGAGGCCUGGAGAAGCUGCUGCAGCUGCAGCAGACCCCCGCGGUGGAGCUCACCUAUGAGUCCGCCAAGCUGCUGGAGCAGAUCCUCAUCUCGGAGAACAGGGACUAUGUGGCUCGCCUCGGUCUGGGCGUCAUCCUCAACUUGUCUCAACAGCAGGAAGAUGCUCAGCUGGCUCGCAGCGUCUCAGGCAUCCUGGAGCACAUGUUCAAACACACGGAAGAAACCGCCGUCCACCUCAUCUCCAACGGCGCCCUGGACGCCCUGCUGUUCUGGUGCCGAGGCACCGACCCCACCGUGCUGCGCCACUGCGCCGUGGCUCUGGCCAACUGCGCCAUGUACGGCGGCCACCGCUGCCAGAGGUGGAUGAUCGAGAAGCAGGCGGCCGAGUGGCUUUUCCCGCUGGCUUUUUCCAAAGAAGACGAACUGAUCCGCUUCCACGCCUGCCUGGCCGUCACCGUUCUGGCCGCCAACCGGGAGAUCGAGAAAGAGGUGGUGAAGUCGGGAACGCUGGAGCUGGUGGAGCCGUUCAUCGCCUCCCUGGACCCCGAUGACUUUGCCCGCAGCUUGCUGGACAGUACGGACUCCAUGCAGGGCAGAACCGCGGCCGACCUGCAGCACCUGCUGCCUCUGCUGGACGGCACUCGGCUGGAGGGUAAAUGCAUCGCGGCGUUUUAUCUGUGUGUUGAGGCCAGCAUCAAGUCCCGCCAGCGCAACACCAAGAUAUUUCAAGAGAUCGGAGCGGUGCAGAGCCUGAAGCGAAUCGUCAUGUACUCCAGCAACGGCACGGCCUGCUCCCUGGCCAAGCGGGCGCUGAGCAUGAUGGGAGAGGAAGUCCCAAGACGGAUCCUCUCGUGUGUCCCCAACUGGAAAACCUGUGAAGUGCGAAUGUGGCUGCAGCAGAUUGGCUUCAGUGCCUAUUGUGACCGUUUCCAGGAGCUUCAGGUGGAUGGAGACAUCCUGCUGAACAUAACGGAUCAGGAUCUGAGCACCGACCUGGGCAUGAGUGCAGGUCUGACCCGCAAGAGGUUCCUGAGAGACUUGCGUGUUCUGAAAACUUAUGCCAACUACGCCACGUGUGACCCAAACAACAUGGCCGACUGGUUAGUGGAGGUGGACCCUCGUUUCCGCCAGUACACCUACGGCCUGGUCCAGUCUGGAGUCGACCGCAACAACGUUCAGCACCUGACUGAUCAGCAGCUGCAGCACGACUGCCUCAUCAACAACGGAGUCCACAGAGCAAAGAUCCUGGCGUCCGCCCGCCGGCCCCUGAAGCCCUGCCACACCGACGCCCAGCCGGCAGGGCCCGACGUCUUCAUCAGCUACCGGCGGACCACCGGCUCCCAGCUGGCCAGCCUCCUGAAGGUGCACCUGCAGGUCAGAGGAUACAGCGUCUUUAUCGACGUGGAGAAGCUGGAGGCCGGUAAAUUCCAGGACAAACUGAUCCAGAGUGUGCAGAAGGCUCGCAACUUCAUCCUGGUCCUGUCUGCCAACGCGCUGGACAAGUGCAUGGGGGACACCGCCAUGAAGGACUGGGUGCAUAAGGAGAUCGUCACAGCCUUGGAUGCGAAGAAGAACAUAGUUCCUGUCACAGAUAACUUCCUGUGGCCUGAUCCCAUGUCUUUACCAGAGGACAUGAGAGCUAUUCUCAACUUCAACGGCAUCAAGUGGUCCCAUGAGUACCAGGAGGCCACCAUCGAGAAGAUACUGCGUUUCCUGAAGGGACCCCAGGACCAAACGGACAGUGCAGGCGACCCCAAGGCACAGAAAAAGAAAUAAACGGCAAUAACCUCAGCUGUAACUCUUCACGAUGUCAAAUUCCCUGUGUCCUGUGGCGACGUGCCAGCAGCUCUCCGCAAUCGGCCCACAUGCAUGUUGAAUUUGAUAUAAAAGCCAACAUUACUUGCCUAACAUGACUAGACCUAAAAAAUUACAGAGGUCACUGUAGAUUGUAUGUAAUGAAGUUUAAGCCUUUAAUGUUUAGCUCCCUGAUACUGCUGUAUGUGUGUUUUCAGGUACAGUAUAUGCGCCUUCUGUAUCUCAGGAAAAAUAACUGUGAUCUGCCGACAGCAGCACCCAGCAACGUAACCAACAGCAGUUUGUGCAGCAUCCACUCAGAAGUUACCGUAUGCAAACAUGGUCUGUUCAAUCGGUGCAAAGCAGGUCGGAGAAUCAACUGAUAGUGCGGGUUUCAGAAGGAAUGACCGAUGUGAUGAGAGGGACAGCCUGAGGGUUGAAUGUCACCGAGCUGCUGCAGAGGCACAAACAAUUCAGGAAUCGGCUUCCAAGGAAGACUUGAAACGCGUACAAGCCGCCGCAAAUGUGACUUGAUUCCUGAACAUGCUCGAAGGAUGAGGAACGAUCAUUACUCGCUGUGCAAACUGUGAAAUGCAGCAGCCCAGAGAGACGGGAAGCGUAGACAUGAUGCUCGGAUGAAUAAACCGCCUGAUUUAUCCAGAAUUACAUUUACGACCAAAGUAGAAACAUGAAACAUAUCCAUGUAGUAUUAACGCGAUCAUUCUGGUGACUGACAUUAACACACACUUACUCACACGUAUGUUUUACAGAUCGCCAUCAUAACAGUGUCAUUUAACAAACCAUUUCUUCCUGUUAACUCGAGACUCAUUUUUACUUCAGUGUUUAGUAAACAUGCCAAUAAAAACAAAUUCAGCUCAUCAUUCAGCUUUGGAGAAACAAGAAUGUCUUCAUUUAAAUAUGUAUUUGUGAGAUUCAGCAGUUAUUCUCAGUAAUUUAACAAAACAAUCAGAUUAUCAUGUAACUGAAUUAGAAAUUGGCCAACAUGGUUUAUUGCGGCAUCGUACUGGAUAUUUGUUUCAGACUGAAAUGACAUUUUUCUCAGUGUUUUUUUUUUUUUAUUUUCGGAUAAAACCACCACCUUCCAGGGCUUUCAUUUAAUUCAUCUUGCCUUAAUAUAAUUUGCCUGUGAUGCUUGCUUCAACAUGCUAACUAAUUAAUUAAAUGUACUCUAUGUAUUUAUUAACAUUUACCUUUUUUUUUUGUCAGCUCGGAGCCAUCUGUUACCAUUGUG